UUUUUGAAACCUUUUGUCCAUGUAUAAAUCUAAGUCCUUACAACCAAACUUACGCACAUAUCAUAUGCUCCUUGAAGUUCGUCAAUCACAUAUCUAUGUCAAAAGAAGAAAUGGAUUUAUCUGUGAACGUCAAUGGUCACUCGAAAGUGCCUCCCGGGUUUCGGUUCCACCCUACAGAAGAAGAACUUCUUCAUUACUACCUGAGGAAGAAAGUUGCUUAUGAAAAGAUUGAUCUUGAUGUUAUUCGAGAGGUUGAUCUUAAUAAGCUUGAACCCUGGGACAUCCAAGACAAGUGCAGUAUAGGCUCCACCCCCCAAAAUGAUUGGUACUUUUUUAGUCACAAAGACAAGAAAUAUCCGACAGGGACCCGAACAAAUCGUGCCACUGCAGCUGGUUUCUGGAAAGCCACCGGACGAGAUAAAGUCGUACACAGUAGCCUUAGAAGAAUCGGUAUGAGGAAGACACUUGUGUUUUACAAAGGGAGAGCUCCUCAUGGCCAGAAAUCUGAUUAUAUUAUGCAUGAAUACAGGCUUGACGACAAUAUCAUUACUACGCAAGAUUCCAGCGCUUCAAACAUGUCUGAUUAUGCUCACGAAGAAGGGUGGGUGGUAUGCCGUGUCUUCAAGAAAAAAAAUUACCAUAAAUCCCUCGAGAGUCCUCACAGAUCGUUACCUGAUUCUAUGGAUACCAGAGCACAGUUACAACUGUUAAACAAAGAUGACGUUCUUGAGCAAUUACUUGUGUACAUGGACAGUAGGUCUUGCAAACAAGAAAUCGAAAACUUCACCACCACCCAAUUCGUGAACCCCAUGUUCCUCCACCUCCCUAGGCUCGCUAGUUCCACCCAGCUAACCACAUCCCCUCCUGAAAGCUCAGCCACCUUCGAUCAAGGAUCGAGUUUCAAGACCUAUGAUUCCAUGAGCGACUUACUAGCGGAAGCGGAACAUUCAAGGAACAUUCAUACUAAAAUGACGGAGGAUCAUGAGUGUAUCAGUAACUGGGCGGAUCUUGACAAGUUUGUGGCUUCCCAGCUCAAUGGCCAAAUGGAGGAAUCAAAACAGUUGUAUUCUUGCUAUGGAUCAGAAUCCAAUGAGAAGUUGGGUUUUUCGGCUGAUAAGGAUGAACAAGAUGUAUCAGCUAGGCGGAACGUAGCAGCAUGCAACAGCGAGCUAGAUAUUUGGAGCUUAACCCGACCAUCGUCGCUGGAUCCGCUAUGCCACUUGUCAAUAUAACUUAUAUAUAAAGAUGCAAAAUAAACGUACAAUGCAUAUUAAGUUGUUAGAACUUAGAAUUGAAGUCAAAUGAUAGAAUAAAGUGAUGGACACAUAGGAAUAGCAUCAAGAACGCAGCAUGGGAACAUUACCUUGACUAUAGAAGGAAUGAAUCAUAAUGGUGAUACUGAGAUUAGUGGUGAUGGAUGAUUAUCAUGUACC